UCAGCCAAAAAAAGGGGGUACUUAUGUAUGGCAGAACGGGCCAACCUGGUCUUUCAUAAUAAAGAGAUAGACGGAACUGCUAUGAAACGGCUUAUUAGCAGAUUAAUAGAUCAUUUCGGAAUGGGAUAUACAUCCCAUAUACUGGAUCAAAUAAAGACUCUGGGCUUCCAUCAAGCCACUACUACAUCGAUUUCUUUAGGAAUCGAGGAUCUUUUAACAAUACCCUCUAAAGGAUGGUUAGUCCAAGACGCGGAACAACAGAGUUUUCUUUUGGAGAAACACUAUUAUUAUGGAGCUAUACACGCGGUAGAAAAAUUACGCCAAUCCGUUGAGAUAUGGUAUGCUACAAGUGAAUAUUUGAAACAAGAAAUGAAUUCGAAUUUUCGAAUAACGGAUCCUUCUAAUCCAGUCUAUCUAAUGUCUUUUUCAGGAGCCAGAGGAAAUGCAUCUCAGGUACACCAAUUAGUAGGUAUGAGAGGGUUAAUGGCGGAUCCUCAAGGACAAAUGAUUGAUUUACCUAUUCAAAGCAAUUUACGCGAGGGACUUUCUUUGACAGAAUAUAUAAUUUCCUGCUACGGAGCCCGAAAAGGGGUUGUAGAUACUGCUGUACGAACAGCGGAUGCUGGCUAUCUUACACGUAGACUUGUUGAAGUAGUUCAACAUAUUAUUGUGCGUAGAAGAGAUUGUGGUACUAUCCAAGGUAUUUCUGUGAGUCCUCAAAAUGGGAUGACGGAAAAACUUUUUGUCCAAACACUAAUUGGUCGUGUAUUAGCAGACGAUAUAUAUAUUGGUUCACGAUGCAUUGCUUCUCGAAAUCAAGAUAUUGGAAUUGGAUUAGUCAAUCGAUUCAUAACUGCCUUUCGAGCACAACCGUUUCGAGCACAACCAAUAUAUAUUAGAACCCCCUUUACUUGCCGGAGCACAUCUUGGAUCUGUCAAUUAUGUUAUGGGCGGAGUCCCACUCAUGGGGAUCUGGUCGAAUUGGGGGAAGCUGUAGGUAUUAUUGCGGGUCAAUCAAUUGGGGAGCCGGGGACUCAAUUAACAUUAAGAACUUUUCAUACUGGUGGAGUAUUCACAGGGGGUACUGCCGACCUUAUACGAUCCCCCUCGAAUGGAAAAAUCCAAUUCAAUGAGGAUUUGGUUCACCCCACACGUACCCGUCAUGGGCAGCCUGCUUUUCUAUGCUAUAUAGACUUGCAUGUAACUAUUCAGAGUCAGGAUAUUCUACAUAGUGUGAAUAUUCCGUUAAAAAGCUUGAUUCUAGUGCAAAAUGAUCAAUAUGUAGAAUCUGAACAAGUAAUUGCGGAGAUUCGUGCCGGAACGUCCACUUUGCAUUUUAAAGAAAAGGUACAAAAGCAUAUUUAUUCCGAAUCAGACGGGGAAAUGCACUGGAGUACUGAUGUUUACCAUGCGCCCGAAUAUCAAUAUGGUAAUCUUCGUCGAUUACCAAAAACAAGCCAUUUAUGGAUAUUGUCAGUAAGUAUGUGCAGAUCCAGUAUAGCAUCUUUUUCGCUGCACAAGGAUCAAGAUCAAAUGAAUACUUAUUCUUUUUCUGUUGAUGGAAGAUAUAUCUUUGACUUCUCAAUGGCUAAUGAUCAAGUAAGCCAUAGACUGUUGGAUACUUUUGGUAAAAAAGAUAGAGAAAUUCUUGAUUAUUUAACGCCAGAUCGAAUCGUGUUCAACGGUCAUUGGAAUUGUUUCUAUCCUUCCAUUCUUCAAGAUAAUUCAGAUUUGUUGGCGAAAAAGCGAAGAAAUAGGCUCGUCGUUCCAUUACAAUAUCAUCAAGAACAAGAAAAAGAGCGAAUAUCCUGUUUGGGUAUUUCAAUGGAAAUACCCUUUAUGGGUGUUUUACGUAGAAAUACUAUUUUUGCUUAUUUUGACGAUCCACGAUACAGAAAAGAUAAAAGGGGUUCAGGAAUUGUUAAAUUUAGAUAUAGGACCCUGGAGGAAGAAUAUCGGACCCAAGAGGAAGAGUAUAGGACUCGAGAGGAAGAAUAUCGGACUCGAGAGGAAGACUCAGAAGACGAAUAUGAGAGCCCAGAGAACAAAUAUAGGACCCGAGAGGGAGAGGGCGAAUAUAAAAUCCUAGAAGACGAAUAUAGGACUCUAGAGGACGAAUAUGAAACCCUAGAAGAUGAAUAUGGGAUCCUAGAGGACGAAUAUAGGACUCUAGAGAAAGACUCAGAGGAAGAAUAUGGGAGCCUAGAGAACAAAUAUAGGACUCGAGAGGGAGAGGGCGAAUAUGAAAUCCUAGAGGAAGAAUCAGAAGAAGAAUAUGGGAGCUCUGAAGAUGGCUCAGAGAAGGAAUAUGGGACUUUAGAAGAAGACUCAGAAGAAGACUCAGAGGAAGACUCAGAAGACGAAUAUGGGAGCCCGGAGGAAGAUUCUAUCUUAAAAAAAGAGGGUUUUAUUGAGCAUCGAGGAACAAAAGAAUUUAGUCUAAAAUACCAAAAAGAAGUAGAUCGGUUUUUUUUCAUUCUUCAAGAACUGCAUAUCUUGCCGAGAUCCUCAUCCCUAAAGGUACUUGACAAUAGUAUUAUUGGAGUCGAUACACAACUCACAAAAAAUACAAGAAGUCGACUAGGUGGAUUGGUCCGAGUGAAGAGAAAAAAAAGCCAUACAGAACUCAAAAUCUUUUCCGGAGAUAUUCAUUUUCCUGAAGAGGCGGAUAAGAUAUUAGGUGGCAGUUUGAUACCACCAGAAAGAGAAAAAAAAGAUUCUAAGGAAUCAAAAAAAAGGAAAAAUUGGGUUUAUGUUCAACGGAAAAAAUUUCUCAAAAGCAAGGAAAAGUAUUUUGUUUCGGUUCGACCUGCAGUCGCAUAUGAAAUGGACGAAGGGAUAAAUUUAGCAACACUUUUCCCGCAGGAUCUCCUGCAAGAAGAGGAUAAUCUCCAACUUCGACUUGUCAAUUUUAUUUCUCAUGAAAAUAGCAAGUUAACUCAAAGAAUUUAUCACACGAAUAGUCAAUUCGUUCGAACUUGCUUAGUAGUGAAUUGGGAACAAGAAGAAAAAGAGGGAGCUCGUGCUUCUCUUGUUGAGGUAAAAACAAAUGAUCUAAUUCGCGAUUUCCUAAGAAUUGAGUUAGUCAAGUCUACUAUUUUGUAUACACGAAGAAGGUAUGAUAGGACAAGUGUAGGAUUGAUUCCCAAUAAUAGGUUAGAUCGCAACAAUACCAAUUCCUUUUAUUCCAAGGCGAAGAUUCAAUCACUUAGCCAACAUCAAGAAGUUAUUGGCACCUUGUUGAAUCGAAAUAAAGAAUAUCCAUCUUUGAUGAUUUUGUUGGCAUCCAACUGUUCUCGAAUUGGUUUAUUCAAGAAUUCUAAAUAUCCCAAUGCGGUAAAAGAAUCGAAUCCUAGAAUUCCUAUUCGAGAUAUUUUUGGGCUCUUAGGCGUUAUUGUACCUAGUAUAUCGAAUUUUUCUUCAUCUUACUAUUUAUUAACGCAUAAUCAGAUCUUGUUAAAAAAAUACUUGUUCCUUGACAAUUUGAAACAAACCUUACAAGUACUUCAAGGACUUAAAUACUCUUUAAUAGACGAAAAUAAAAGGAUUUCGAAUUUUGACAGUAACAUCAUGUUGGAGCCAUUCCAUUUGAAUUGGCACUUUCUCCAUCAUGACUCAUGGGAAGAGACAUUGGCAAUAAUUCACCUUGGACAAUUUAUUUGUGAAAAUUUAUGUCUAUUUAAAUUACACAUAAAAAAAUCUGGUCAAAUUUUCAUUGUUAAUAUGGACUCCUUUGUUCUAAGAGCAGCUAAGCCUUAUUUGGCCACUAUAGGAGCAACUGUUCAUGGUCAUUAUGGAAAAAUCCUUUACAAAGGAGAUAGGUUAGUUACGUUUAUAUAUGAAAAAUCGAGAUCCAGUGAUAUAACGCAAGGUCUUCCAAAAGUAGAACAAAUCUUCGAAGCGCGUUCAAUUGAUUCACUAUCGCCGAAUCUCGAAAGGAGAAUUGAGGAUUGGAAUGAACGUAUACCAAGAAUUCUUGGGGUUCCCUGGGGAUUCUUGAUUGGAGCUGAGCUAACCAUAGCCCAAAGUCGUAUCUCUUUGGUUAAUAAGAUCCAAAAGGUUUAUCGAUCCCAAGGGGUACAGAUCCAUAAUAGACAUAUAGAGAUUAUUAUACGCCAAGUAACAUCAAAAGUAAGGGUUUCCGAAGAUGGAAUGUCUAAUGUUUUUUUACCUGGGGAAUUAAUAGGACUAUUGCGAGCGGAACGAGCAGGGCGGGCUUUAGAUGAAUCGAUCUAUUAUCGGGCAAUCUUAUUGGGAAUAACAAGGGCUUCCCUGAAUACCCAAAGUUUCAUAUCUGAAGCAAGUUUUCAAGAAACUGCUCGAGUUUUAGCAAAAGCUGCCCUACGAGGUCGUAUUGAUUGGUUGAAAGGUCUGAAAGAAAACGUAGUUCUGGGGGGGAUUAUACCUGUUGGUACCGGAUUCCAAAAAUUUGUGCAUCGUUCCCCACAAGACAAGAACCUUUAUUUAGAAAUUCAAAAAAAAAAUCUAUUCGCGUCGGAAAUGAGAGAUAUUUUGUUUCUCCAUACAGAAUUAGUUUCUUCUGAUUCUGACGUAACAAACAAUUUCUAUGAAACAUCAGAGACCCCGUUUACCCCUAUUUAUACGAUUUAAGUAUACAUAAAGCAAUUUUUUUUACUUUAAUUUAAACUAUACUUUUGACCUUAGAAUGCUAACAGGUCUGAUUUUCGAUUUUGUACUUAAAUUUAAAUUGUAUUUUAAUAAGUAAAAGAAGUCAGUUAAUUCAUUAAGGCUAUGUUUAUACCGUGUAUCAAUGGUCAAGAAGGUUCCAUUGGAACAAUUAUUAUUUAUUUCAAGCUAUUUCGGCUCUUUCUUAAUCUUCAAAAAGAAAUGAAUUCCGUAAUGGUAACACGAAAAAAGAAAAAAAAAGGAAGUGUGGAAAAAAUGACAAGAAGAUAUUGGAACAUCAAUUUGAAAGAGAUGAUAGAAGCGGGAGUUCAUUUUGGUCAUGGUAUUAAGAAAUGGAAUCCCAAAAUGGCCCCUUACAUCUCGGCAAAGCGUAAAGGUACUCAUAUUACAAAUCUUGCUAGAACAGCUCGUUUUUUAUCAGAAGCUUGUGAUUUAGUUUUUGAUGCAGCAAGUCAGGGAAAAAGCUUCUUAAUUGUUGGUACCAAAAAAAGAGCAGCGGAUUUAGUAGCAUCAGCUGCAAUAAGGUCUCGUUGUCAUUAUGUUAAUAAAAAGUGGUUCAGCGGUAUGUUAACGAAUUGGUCGAUUACCAAAACUAGACUUUCUCAAUUUAGAGACUUAAGAGCAGAAGAAAAAAUGGGAAAAUUCCACCAUCUCCCAAAAAGAGAUGCGGCAAUCUUAAAGAGAAAAUUAUCUACCUUGCAAAGAUAUCUCGGCGGGAUCAAAUAUAUGACGAGGUUGCCUGACAUUGUGAUCGUCCUUGAUCAGCAAAAAGAGUAUAUAGCUCUUCAGGAAUGUGCCAUUUUGGGGAUUCCUACUAUUUCUUUAGUCGAUACAAAUUGUGACCCAGAUCUUGCGAAUAUAUCGAUUCCUGCCAACGAUGACACUAUGACUUCAAUUCGAUUAAUUCUUAACAAAUUAGUAUUUGCAAUUUCUGAGGGCCGUUCUCUCUAUAUAAGAAAUCGUUGAUUAAGAAGAAUAGUGAAUUCUUGAGCAACUGCGUAGAUUUAUAGGAUUAAUUACUAUUCUUUUUUGUUUUGCAUAGAUAAAAGAAGGGAAAUAUUGAUAUAUAUUAGAGGGUAUUGAUAUAUAUUAUGAUCUGAUGUGAUUUCUUGGUAUAUUAAAUAUAAGAUUAAUACUUCAAGUUGCUGAGUUGAGAAAGAGAUGCUUGAAUCAAAAGAAUUCCUUUUUUGAAGUUCAAUUUUUAUCAGAGGACAAUAUGAAUAUUACACCAUGUUCCAUUAAAACACUCAAGGGGUUAUAUGAUAUAUCGGGUGUAGAAGUAGGGCAACACUUCUAUUGGCAAAUAGGAGGUUUCCAAAUUCAUGCCCAAGUACUCAUCACUUCUUGGGUCGUAAUUACUAUUUUGCUAGGUUCAGUUAUCAUAGCUGUUCGGAAUCCACAAACCAUCCCGACCGAUGGUCAGAAUUUCUUCGAAUAUGUCCUUGAGUUUAUUCGAGACUUGAGCAAAACUCAGAUUGGAGAAGAAUAUGGUCCCUGGGUUCCCUUUAUUGGAACUAUGUUCCUUUUUAUUUUUGUUUCGAAUUGGUCAGGUGCUCUUUUACCUUGGAAAAUUAUAGAGUUACCCCAUGGGGAAUUAGCAGCGCCCACGAAUGAUAUAAAUACUACUGUUGCUUUAGCUUUACUAACAUCAGCGGCAUAUUUUUAUGCGGGUCUUAGCAAAAAAGGAUUGAGUUAUUUCGAAAAAUAUAUUAAACCAACCCCAAUCCUUUUACCUAUUAACAUCCUAGAAGAUUUCACAAAACCAUUAUCACUUAGUUUUCGACUUUUCGGAAAUAUAUUGGCGGAUGAAUUAGUCGUUGUUGUUCUUGUUUCUUUAGUCCCCUUAGUAGUCCCUAUACCGGUCAUGUUUCUUGGAUUAUUUACAAGCGGUAUUCAAGCUCUUAUUUUUGCAACGUUAGCCGCAGCCUAUAUAGGUGAAUCCAUGGAAGGUCAUCAUUGAAUUAACUAGUUUUUGAAAUAGUCUUUCUUUUUUUAGCUUAGCCCAAUUCAUGCAUGAUUCCGGAUAAUCCUCUUAGUUGGAAAACUAAAUAGUUCGAAAGGCGUAUGAAUAUACAACCUAGAGUUGUAGGAGAGAGAAUAGACUAUAUUAUGGAAGAGGUAAAGUAUAUAUGCAUUCAGGGGGGCCAAGUCAGGUUAGAUCUAUAUCUUUAAUGCCUAUAAGACAGUCAUCUUUUGUGUGGCUUUCUAAAGAAUGAUUUUAGAAUCGGAUUCAAUAGAAAAUGAGAAAAUAGGCAAACAAAAUAGAAGAAACAAAUGUAUAUGGGAUUUUUUUUAUUCCUAAGUUAGAUUCAUUAUCUAAUCCGAUAUAUAGAAUUCCCUUCUAUAUGGAACUGGAUUCCAUAUCUAGUUCUAUGCAGCAUAUUGUUAUCAAUUGUAUAUCUUGAUUUGAUUCCUAUUGGAUUUGGAUUAGUUCGAUUUCAAUAGGGGUUCUUCCUGUAUUUCGUCUUUUAUUAUGUUAGAUGAAGGGGAAAAAAUGGGAACUCAAAGAUAUCGAAGAGUAAAAAAAAGGAUGGAAUAAAAGAGUGAUUGGUUGAAAAGAAAGAGAAAUAGAAUAAUGAGAAUCAUAUGGAUUUACACAAACCUCUAAUGAUUAGAAACUAAAAACGAGAUCUCGAAGUAAUUCGAACGAUUUCGAUUAUCAUUUAUUUGUACUUAUUAGUUACUUCUACCCGAUAGAGCUUAGAAGUUGGAAGUAAUAAUUUCUUGGUUGAUUGUAUCCUUAACCAUUUCUUUUUUUUUGACACGAGGAACUCAUCAUGAAUCCACUAAUUGCUGCUGCUUCCGUUAUUGCUGCUGGAUUGGCCGUAGGGCUUGCUUCUAUUGGGCCCGGAGUUGGUCAAGGUACUGCUGCAGGACAAGCUGUAGAAGGUAUUGCGAGACAGCCAGAAGCAGAAGGUAAAAUAAGAGGUACUUUAUUGCUUAGUCUAGCUUUUAUGGAAGCUUUAACAAUUUAUGGACUGGUUGUGGCACUAGCGCUUUUAUUUGCGAACCCUUUUGUUUAAUCCUAAAAAAGAAAAUGAGUCCUUUAGAUUAGAUACUUUUUUCUUUUUUUAGUACAUUGGCAUUUGCUUAUGUAAUUCUAAGUAUAUCAAUACUUUACUUUACUCCUAUUUAUUAUAUUAUUUCUUUUUUAUAUUAUUCCGGAAAUUUUGUAUUUAUCGGGACAGACAAUACCCUAGGAACCCCAAGAAGGGCUGAUUUGAGCAUGAUCAAUUUAGAGGAUAUGCUCGCCCUCUUCCUUCCCGUCCUUAGUUUAGGACAGUGGAAAGUAUUUUUCCUUUUAUUUUAGGAAUUUUGGGAACAUUUCAACAAAGGAGAUCUUUCACAGGUCAAACGAGACCUAAGACUUAAUCUAAAAGAAAUUAUUAGAUUGAAUCUAUUUGCAUUAAAAAAACCGAUCAAAAAAGGACGAGCGAAGUAAGUAAUCGAAAAACUUUCUUCUUUGUUCGUCCUAUCUAUAAGAGGAGAGCAUAUGAAAAAUGUAACCCAUUCUUUUGUUUUUUUAGCUCACUGGCCAUUCGCUGGGAGUUUCGGGCUUAAUACCGAUAUUUUAGCAACAAAUCUAAUAAAUCUAACUGUAGUGGUUGGUGUAUUGAUUUUUUUUGGAAAGGGAGUGUUAAAAGAUUUAUUAGAUAAUCGAAAACAGAGGAUUUUAAGUACUAUUCGAAAUUCGGAAGAAUUGCGUAAAGGGACCCUUGAACAACUCGAAAAAGCUCGUAUUCGAUUACAGAAAGUCGAACUGGAAGCAGAUGAGUAUCGAAUGAAUGGAUACUCUGAAAUAGAACGAGAAAAAGAAAAUUUGAUUAAUGCUACUUCUAUUAGUUUGGAACAAUUAGAAAAGUCUAAAAACGAAACCCUUUAUUUUGAAAAACAAAGGGCGAUGAAUCAGGUCCGACAACGGGUUUUCCAACAAGCUGUACAAGGAGCUCUAGGAACUCUGAAUAGUUGUUUGAAUACCGAGUUACAUUUCCGUACGAUUCGUGCUAAUAUUGGCAUUCUCGGGGCCAUAGAAUGGAAGAGAUAAUUCAAUUUAUUAGGUUUUGAACUUCUACUUUUGUUUAGAAUUUAGGCAUUAUUUUUCCCUUGCUUCCAAAAAAAAAAAAAUUAAAGAAACACUAAUGGCAACCCUUCGAGUCGACGAAAUUAAUAAAAUUCUCCGCGAACGUAUUGAACAAUAUAAUAGGAAAGUAGGGAUUGAGAAUAUCGGUCGCGUAGUGCAAGUGGGGGAUGGGAUUGCUCGUAUUAUAGGUCUUGGUGAAAUAAUGUCAGGUGAAUUAGUCGAAUUUGCAGAAGGGACGAGAGGUAUUGCUCUGAAUUUGGAAUCUAAAAAUGUUGGGAUUGUAUUAAUGGGCGAUGGGUUGAUGAUACAAGAGGGAAGUUUUGUAAAAGCAACAGGAAGAAUUGCUCAGAUACCCGUGAGCGAGGCUUACUUGGGUCGUGUUAUAAAUGCUCUCGCUAAACCUAUUGAUGGGAGAGGCGAAAUUGUCGCUUCAGAAUCUCGCUUAAUUGAAUCUCCUGCUCCGGGUAUAAUUUCUAGGCGUUCCGUAUAUGAACCCCUUCAAACAGGGCUUAUUGCUAUCGAUUCGAUGAUCCCCAUAGGGCGCGGUCAGCGAGAGUUAAUUAUUGGGGACAGACAGACUGGCAAAACAGCAGUAGCCACAGAUACAAUUCUCAAUCAAAAAGGUCAAGAUGUAAUAUGUGUUUAUGUAGCUAUCGGUCAAAGAGCAUCCUCCGUGGCUCAAGUAGUAACUACUUUCCACGAAGAGGGGGCCAUGGAAUACACUAUUGUAGUAGCUGAAAUGGCGGAUUCACCCGCUACAUUACAAUAUCUCGCUCCUUAUACGGGAGCAGCCCUGGCUGAGUAUUUUAUGUACCGCGAACGGCAUACCUUAAUAAUUUAUGAUGAUCUCUCCAAACAGGCACAAGCUUAUCGCCAAAUGUCCCUUCUAUUAAGAAGACCUCCCGGCCGCGAAGCUUAUCCAGGGGAUGUUUUUUAUUUGCAUUCACGCCUUUUAGAAAGAGCCGCUAAAUUAAAUUCUCUUUUAGGCGAAGGGAGUAUGACCGCUUUACCAAUAGUGGAGACUCAAUCUGGAGACGUUUCCGCCUAUAUUCCUACUAAUGUAAUUUCAAUUACAGAUGGACAAAUAUUCUUAUCCGCGGAUCUAUUCAAUGCCGGAAUUCGACCUGCUAUUAAUGUGGGUAUUUCAGUUUCCAGAGUAGGAUCCGCAGCUCAAAUUAAAGCCAUGAAACAAGUAGCUGGCAAAUCAAAAUUGGAACUAGCUCAAUUCGCAGAAUUACAAGCCUUUGCACAAUUCGCCUCCGCUCUGGAUAAAACAAGUCAGAAUCAAUUGGCAAGGGGUCGACGAUUACGGGAAUUGCUUAAACAAUCCCAAUCAAACCCUCUCCCAGUGGAAGAGCAGGUAGCUACUAUUUAUACCGGAACGAGAGGAUAUCUUGAUUCGUUAGAAAUUGAACAGGUAAAGAAAUUUCUGGAUGAGUUACGUAAACACCUAAAAGAUACUAAACCUCAAUUCCAAGAAAUUAUAUCUUCUAGUAAGACAUUCACCGAGCAAGCAGAAACCCUUUUGAAGGAAGCUAUUCAGGAACAGCUUGAACGGUUUUCCCUUCAGGAACAAACAUAAAUAUAGCAUGUCUACUCUUAUUAGUAUAACUCGUGUUAGUAGAAGAGGAAUCAAAGAUUUUUCAUUUGAAUCAUGCAAAAUUUUUUUUCGUUUUUAGUAUAGUUAUUUAAAGAAUAGAUAGAAAAAAGAUUGCGUCCAAUAGGAUUUGAACCUAUACCAAAGGUUUAGAAGACCUCUGUCCUAUCCAUUAGACAAUGGACGCUUCUCUUUCUUAUUUUAUUCUUUCUUUUUUAUAUUUCAGAGAAAUAAUAAAAAACUGUUAGACCGAAACUCUUUUAGGAAAGAAAAACAAAUCCAUAUACCAUAUACAAAUGGAUGAUACAUAUAUCAUAAAGAAGGAAUAUGGAGCAGGUAGUCAGUAUCGAACCCGUAACCCCAAGGUUAUGAGCUUUGUGAGCUACCAAACUGCUCCACCUUCUUAGCGGGAAACUAGUGGGUUGGAUAGGCCCCUCUACCAUAUCUAUACAAAUAGAAUAGUCCAUUUAUACAGAAUGGUAAAGAGGGCUCUUCUACGAUCAUCAAUUCGAGAAAACCAUACAAAUAUGAAAGAAAGGGUAUUUUAUCCUUACCAACUGGAUCUUGUUGCACCCGGUAACAAACAUGCAUAAACCAUUUCUCGAAGUAUGUGUCCGGAUAGCCCAAAGUCUCGAUAGUUAGCUCUAGGUCUUCCGGUUAAAAAACAACGUCGAUGAAGGCGUGUAGGUGCACUAUUACGUGGUAGGGAUUGCAAUUUUUCUUGCAUUUUUGUUUUUUCGCUCAAACUCAAAGGGGAAACUUUGCUUCUUAUCUUUUUUUUGAGGAUCGACGAAUCAAAUGAUAUUUUUGUUCUAAUUUCUGCCGCUUCUUCUCCCUCUGAAUCAAACUUUUUUUUGCCAUAAUGUGCCGUUCCUAUUAUUACCAAGUAUAUGGUUCUAAUCCUAGAUAGAAAAAUAAAUAGCAAAAAUCUAAAAAGGCGGAUCCUCCCUCUCCAUCAAGAGUAAUGAACUGGGUUCUGAUACAGUA